CCCUAUGAUGCAUGCGGAAGUAGAAACCACUCUAAGAUCGGAAACACAGUUAGCUACUGCUGGAAGAAUGGAUACGCUAAUUUUGGAGCCUUCGCUGUACACCGUGAAAGCCGUCUUAAUUAUGGACAACGAUGGAGAAAGACUCUAUGCCAAGUAUUACGAUGACACUUACCCUACAGUUAAAGAGCAGAAAGCCUUUGAGAAGAACAUCUUCAACAAGACACACAGAACAGACAGUGAAAUCGCCUUGCUUGAAGGCCUUACUGUCGUCUACAAGAGCAACAUCGAUCUGUAUUUCUACGUCAUCGGUAGUUCGCAUGAAAACGAGUUAAUGCUCAUGGCCGUGUUGAACUGUUUGUUUGACUCUCUCAGUCAAAUGCUGAGGAAAAAUGUGGAGAAGAGAGCCUUACUUGAAAAUAUGGAGGGCCUUUUCUUAGCCGUGGAUGAAAUUGUAGACGGAGGUGUUAUCCUGGAGAGCGACCCCCAGCAGGUUGUACACCGAGUGGCCCUGAGGGGUGAUGACGUGCCUCUGACAGAACAGACAGUCACUCAGGUGUUGCAGUCAGCCAAAGAGCAGAUCAAAUGGUCUCUCCUACGAUAGAUCUCACCUGCUCCUUUCUUCCACCAAGACGACGGUGCAUUCAUCCUCAUCACUUCCUGUCAUUACUGUUGCCUUUUUACCCCCCCCCCCUCGCCCCCCUUGCUGUGAGAUUGUAGGCUAUCCUAAAGGACAAAAACAAACAUUGAACACUCUUUGUACACCUUAAGAUAGGAACAAAUAGAGUCAUAAUGUUUUAUGCAAACUUGGGUUCGGUUAUCACGUUAAAGUGCUGCAGAUACAGCGUGACGACACCGUCGUCGUCACGUGAACCAUUUUUCUUUAGUAAUCUAGCCGAAAAGCAAGUUAACGUCUGCAUUUCUGCGGAAACUUUCUAAUUAUUCCAUCCCGAGAGUGUGUUUGAGGAAAUAUCACACACACGAGGCUGUGUAAGAGACAAAUGUGAUUCAAGUACAUUCCAGUGAUCAACACUUCCUGCUGUUUUCCAUGUCCAUGUUUAUGAUUGAAAUAAAAAUGACUGUUUCAUCAUUGCGGCAGUA